AUGACCCCAGCUGCAGCCCCCGCCCCCCAGUCCCCAGCUGAGGCUGGCUCUCUGGUCUCCCAGUGCAGUUCGAGGCUGAAGCAGCUGCAGGCCCGUGUGGUCAGGGUCCUCGCUGAGAGCCCCCCUAGUCUCGUGGAGCCGCUGGUCAGCAUCCUCCAGCUGCAGGAUGCCGACCAGACCCUGCUGACUCACAUCCACCAGCUUCACCAGGAAGGCAAGUUCAAAGAAGCCGUUACGCUGGGCUUGAAGAUGAAGCUGCGGCUCGAACUUGAUGUCGAAAAGUAAGGGCACCCACUGCCCCUCCAGGACAAGGCGACCCUCGUAGAGCGUUAUGUAGCCGGCUUCCCGGACCUCCAAAGGAGGUUGCUGGCCCUCCUGGACUCCUGGUGCCAGCCCGGCUUUGACGUCAGAGUCGUGGCCAGACAGCACCCACAGGUGACCUCCUUGAGGCUGGAGAGGCUGGGUCCCAGAGUGCUAAGUCAGCAGGUCCUGAGCCUGCUGGAGCGGCAGGGCCUGGACACGGCGCUGUGUCCCCAUGCUGUCACUCAGCAGCGCCUGGCCACCCUGCACUGUCUGUGCUGUAAGCGGUUUGUGGAGAGAAGCCUGUCUCGGGAGAACUGGACUGACCACGUGCAGGAGUGUCCCAUGGCCCCACCUUCCCCCGAGAAUGCUGGCCGGCCGCGAGGGCGGGGGCGAGGAGACCUGAGGGGCAGCCCGAGGGUCAAGAGCAGGCCCCAGCACGCAAGGGUGGAGAAGGAGCAGGGGCCUGUGGGCCAGCACGAGUGGUUGCGGGAGGGGCUGGCCUCUCCUGACAACGAGGCCGUGGCCGCCCGAGGCGCCCUGGACCUCUCGCUGCCCGAGGAGCAGCUGCCAGACGCACAGCUCCGCCAGCUCAAACUCCAGGAGCGCUCCACUCCUAGGACAGCUGAGGUGCCUUUCCAAGACCGGAGGGAUGAUUACUACCAGCUGCCCAUCGCCAGGGAGGACAUCCUCUCCCUGGACUCCUGGGACCUGGCCAGGCAGGAGGAGGAGCUCCUGCAGCCCGGCCAGGUGGUCGGUGUGGACCUGGAGUGGCGACCCUCGUUUGGCACAGGGGCCCGGUCCCAGACAUCCAUCAUGCAGGUGGCGGUGGAGGGCCGUGUGUUCCUGCUGGACCUGCCUGUGCUCCCACGGCCGACAGGAGGGCAGGUGUCCCAGGCCUUCUCCAGGCUGGUGUCCCAGCUGCUCUCGGGCCCCUCUAUCACUAAGUUGGGUUAUGGGAUGGCAGGGGACCUUCAGAGCCUGGGGGCUUCCUGCCCCGCCCUGGCUCACGUGGAGAAGCAGCUGCAGGGCGGUCUAGACCUGCUGCAGGUGCAAAGGCAGAUGCAGGUGUUGGACAAGCCAGCUCUAGGCAGGGGUGAGGCCAGGCUGCGGGGCCUCAGCCUCCUGGUGCAGCAGGUGCUGGGCAAGGCCCUGGACAAGGCACAGCAGCUCUCCAACUGGGACCAGCGGCCGCAGCGGGGGCAGCUGGUUUAUGCAGCUGCCGACGCCUACCGCCUGCUGGAGGUGUACCAGGCUCUGUGCAGAGAGCCCAGCUUCUACCCGUCUGAGGACCUGGCCAGGAGCCUGAGGCCAGGGUGCAGGGAGAGGCCAGGGGCCCAGGAGCCACCUAGGCUGCAGGAGGCCUCAGUCUUGGCUUGGUGCCUGUGGCGGAGAAGGAGGGCGCCCCCCGAGGUCCCGGGCAGGGCCUUCCGUGUGCUGUGCGACCACAGGCUGCAAGGGCUGGGCGCGGACGUGCUUAUGCUGGGCGCCGGCGGACACCGCAGGGCCGUCGAGGUUGCCAGGCAGGAGGGAAGGAUCGUCUUGACAUCGGGGCUGCCUGACCACACUUCUGUGCAGCUCCGGGCCCAGGUCGGGGCUGGGCACUGCCCCUCGGUGGACCGCUCCCUCAGCCAACAGCAGGUCAAGGCCAUGCUCAAGCAUUACAUGCGUGUCACCCAUGCAGACAUCUUCAGCCGCCGCCAGGCCUGUAACUGUGACCAGUACCUGAAGGUCUCCAAGGACAUGACGUGGCAGCUAUGGCUCGGCAGCCACCAGGAAGGCCCCAGCAGCACAGGGGUUGAGCGCUCAGAGCGAUGCUUCCACCUCUCCCGGCUCGACUCGGCCCUGGAGGAGGCCCCCAGGGGCUCCAGCUAUGAUCUGGCCUGCCGCUGGCUGGAAGCGGAUGACCUGCAGGCCGGAGCGCACGCCACCCUGGGCCACCGCACCUGGCUGCAGCCAGCAGGGGUCCCGGAGGGCAUGCUGCCACGGCGGGGCCUGCAGCCCUUCUGCUGCACCGGCUGUGGCAGGGUCUUCUGGGAGGGCUCCCACCUGGGCCGCAUCACCACGCAUUUCAGCGAGGUCCUGCAUGGUGCCUCCAGCCCCUGGGAGCAGAGCUGA